GCAGCAGAAGAAGAAGAAGAAAUACGUGCAGCGUGACGUUGGAUGUCUGCGCCGGGACAUCCACACGUGUUGUUUUCAUGCACGUCUGAGCGCUUUAAGUCCCGACAGAGUUUGAUAUUUCUGUGUCAGAGAACAGGUUAAAACCACAGCGACAAAUAUGGGGAAGAAACUCAAAGUCGGAAAGACCAGAAAAGAUAAGUUCUACCAUCUGGCCAAAGAAACAGGUUAUCGGUCUCGUUCAUCCUUCAAACUCAUUCAGCUCAACCGUAAAUUUCAGUUUCUGCAGAAAGCCAGAGCUCUGGUGGACCUGUGUGCUGCUCCUGGUGGAUGGCUGCAGGUGGCCUCCAAGUUUAUGCCUGUAUCAAGUCUCAUUAUUGGUGUUGACCUGGUGCCCAUCAAGCCGAUCCCUAAUGUGGUGGCGCUGCAAGAAGACAUCACCACUGAGAAAUGCAGACAGGCUUUACGAAAGGAGCUACAGACCUGGAAGGUCGAUGUUGUGUUAAAUGACGGAGCUCCAAAUGUGGGAGCCAACUGGCAGUAUGAUGCCUUUUCACAAGCUCAUUUGACGCUCAUGGCUCUGAAGCUGGCCUGUGAGUUCCUGACCAAGGGUGGCACUUUCGUCACCAAGGUCUUCCGCUCCAAAGACUACCAGCCACUGCUCUGGAUCUUCCAGCAGUUCUUCAAGAAGGUGCAGGCCACCAAGCCACAGGCAUCUAGGAAUGAAUCCGCCGAAAUCUUCGUCAUCUGUCAGGGUUUUGUUGCCCCAGACAAAAUCGACAGUAAGUUCUUUGACCCCAAACAUGCGUUCAAAGAGGUGGAGGUGCAGGUCAAAACUGUGAGGGAGCUGAUUCCUGUCAAGAAACCAAAGGCCGAGGGAUAUAAGGAUGGGGAUCUGACUCUUUACCACAGUUUCACAGUAACAGCCUUCCUGAAAGCCGAUAACGCUAUAGACUUCCUGGGCAGUGCCAGUGAGAUCUCCUUCGACAACACAGACCUGGAGUCUCACCCGGCCACCACACCUGAGAUAAAGGAGUGCUGUCGUGACAUCAAAGUAUUGGGUCGCAAAGAGCUCCGCUUGCUGCUGAACUGGAGGACCAAACUGAGGAAAUAUCUGGCCAAAAAACUGAAGACGGAGGCCAAACAGCUUGACGGGGAGAUCAACUUAAGUUCAGAUGAAGAGGCUGAAUCAGAUGGAGAACCAGAAAAGAAGAAAGAUGAGCAGGAGGAUGAGGAGGACGAUGAGAAGGAGGAGGAAGAAAUGGAGAAGAAACUGGCAGAACUGAAAGCUGAGGAAGUUACUGAGCUCAAACGGAAGAAGAGGAAGCUGCUGAAGGAGCGGAGAAAGCAGAGGGAGAGGGUGGAGCUGAAGAUGGACCUGCCUGGCUGCUCCAUUGCAGAUACUGGUGAUUCAUCCAUGUUCUCCCUCAGCACCAUCAAUAAGCAAAAGUUGCUGGCUGAUAUAUCCAAGGGGGACAUGAAGGCAGCAGAUGCCCUGGCUGAAGGAGAUGAUGACCUCCACCUGUCUGAGGAAGAGGAUGAUGAGGCGGAUAAAAUGUCCCUGGCCUCUGAUUUAGAUGACGAGGACUUGGAGGAGGUGGAGCAGAGACAGAAAGAGCUGGAGAAGAAAGCACCAAAGAAAGUAAAGUUUACUGUAGAAGAGGAGGAGGAGGAGGAUGAAGAGCAGGGAAGUGGCCUUCUGGUGGAACUAGAGGGAAAGGAUGAGAAGAAAGAACGAGAGGCCAACCUGUGGUUCAGCAAGGGCAUCUUCUCUGAGAUUGACUUGGAAGGAGACGCUGAGAGUGAGCUCCAACAGUCCGAGUGGCUUCAGAAUAAACAAAAAGAAAAAGGCAAGAAGAGGAAAGCUGAAGAGAUCGAAGAGGAGGAGGAGAAGGAGGAGGUGGUGGUGGCUGCUGCCCCUCCACCAGUGGAAGAAAAGGCGGGACCUUCACAGGAAGCUGCAGAGGAGAGUGACAGCGACUCAGACAGCAGCGAUGAUGAGAAGGAGAUUACCAAGAUGAAACAUGCCAAGGGGGCUGGUGGGGCGUCAGGAACGGCUGAUGAUGAUGACUUCCAGGUUGUUCCUGUAGAAAGCACCAGUAAGAAAGCCAGGAUCCUGGAUGCAGAAGGCCUGGCCCUGGGCUGUCAGAUCGCUACGUCUAAGAAAAGAGCCAGGGACCUGUUGGACGGCUCCUUCCACAGGUUUGCUAGCUCUGAGGAGCAGUGGGAGGUACCGGAGUGGUUCCUGGACGAUGAACGAAAACACCGGAAGAAGCCGGUGCCAGUCACCAGAGAGAUGGUGGAGGAGUACAAACAAAAAUGGAAGGAGAUUGAUGCCCGACCAAUCAAGCGAGUUGCAGAGGCCAAGGCCAGGAAGAAGAGGAGGAUGCUGAAGAAGAUGGAGCAGGCUAAGAAGAAAGCAGAGGCAGUCGUCAACACAGUGGACAUCUCCGAGAAGGAGAAGAUGGCUCAGCUGAAGAGUAUCUACAAGAAAGCAGGCAUAGGGAAGGAGAAGAGAGAAGUAACAUACGUUGUGACCAAAAAGGGGGCUGGCAGGAAGGUAAGACGUCCUGCCGGUGUUAAGGGAGCCUUCAAAGUGGUGGACAGUCGCAUGAAGAAAGACAUGCGGGGAAUGCAGAGGAAAGACCAACGUGCUAAAGGGGGCAAAGGAAAAGGUGGUAAAGGAAAAGGUGGGCAGUCAAAAGGUGGCAAAGGAGGGGUGAAGAGUGGUAAAGGGCGAAAAGGAAGAUAAAUUUGAACUGAUGUCGCCUUGAGAGUCCUGCCUUUCUUACUGUUAAACACUGCCUGGUCUCAUGUUGCAGCCAGGUGAGCAUUUAUGGAGCUUUGUGAGCUGAGAUUCCUGCUACAGCUUGAGCUCCUGUGUCAUGAACAGAGUUCAAAAUGAACAUGAAUGCCCUCUUUAGCAAGUCCUUGAUAUGUUCUGUGGGUAUUUAAAUGCCAGUACUCUGUGCACGUCUUUCUCAAGAUGUAGAUUAUUUGCCUUGAAACUCUGUGAACGGAGUGGAUUCACUGAACAGCUGAACUGUAAAAUCAAGUUAAACAUAAUAACAAUAAAUGUGUUCUCCAGAAAUGUUGGUAUUAAUAUUGUAAAUAUUAUAUACACAUCUUUGCAAUAAAUGUUUUUGUUUAAAUGA